AUGGCGUGUGGGUGGAUGCAGGGAGGCGGGCCAUACGGGCAGCAGGUGACGCGGGGGCAGGACCUCACCGGCAAGGACUUCAGCGGCCAGACGCUCAUCAAGCAGGACUUCAAGACCGUACCUACUCCAUCUCUUCCCAUCGAUUCCUACACUAUGAUGUUAUCAUGCCUCAAAUUUGUUCUUGCAUCCAUUCUGCGGCAGACCAACUUCAAAGGCGCAAACCUGCUCGGCGCCAGCUUCUUCGAUGCAGACCUCACAGGUGCUGAUCUCUCUGAUGCUGAUCUUAGAAACGCCGACUUCUCGCUGGCAAAUGUUACAAAGGUAAAUUUGACAAAUGCCAACUUGGAAGGGGCACUUGUGACAGGGAACACUUCUUUCAAAGAUUUCACGGAUGUUCCACUACGAGACGAUCAGAGGGACUACCUUUGCAAAAUUGCUGACGGCGAUUUUGCAACUGUUGUGCACCAGGGUAAAUACGACUACCGGAAAUGCCACAAAGGAGACUCUUUUCUGCAAAUAAAUGUACAAGGGUGA